UGACGAGUGGCUCACAGCGAACUCAGACAGACAUCUUUAAUAUAACACACCGGCACUGGCACUGGGGCGGCAGACGCAUACGCAUACGACGAGACACUAACCGUCGUCAAAAUGGCGGGACUCCGGAGCUGCAUAUGCCCACGCCCAUUACACAUCUUGCCACUCAGAAAAAGGAGAGUUGUGGGGUUCCGUUGCUGCUCAAGUGCUUCCAAAGGCAAUUCUGAAGGAUCCCAAACGCCACAGCUGUUGAGGAUUGCUGUCGGGGCCCUGACGGAAUUCCUUAGGCUCUUUACUCCCGCUGGCCGAGACAGGACAGCUUUAGUUGAUGAUGAGUGGAAAGACAAAAUUUCGCUUUCCAAUGUGGAUGAUGUUCUUUCCAUUAUCAGAUCUGACUACGAGCAAGCAUACUUUGUCACAGGAACUAUACUUAAGGUGUUUGAGGUCGUAGGACUCUUCACUUCUGCCAUUUAUGCUGAUGAAUGCACAUUUGAAGAUCCAACUAUCAAAUUUCAAGGUAAGGAUUUAUAUGCACGGAACUUGAGUCUACUUCUACCUUUCCUUCUCAACCCAUCAAUCCGGCUAAAAAAAUUAGAGAAGGGUCUUGAUUCUGGAAAAGAAUUCAUAGUUGCUUCAUGGAAACUAAGAACAUACCUUAGACUUCCAUGGAAACCACUCAUUUCCGUUGAUGGAAGAACUAUAUAUGAUUUAGAUGAAGAAUUUAGAAUUGUUCGGCAUGUUGAGAGAUGGAACAUUUCUGCACUUGAAGCAAUUAUUCAGAUAUUUACUCCUAGUUCUGAAAGGCCAGACCAGUGAAGAGUUCACAGUACCCGAUGGGAGGGUGAUUAUUCUUCAUCUGAGAGAUCCAAUCAAAUGUGCAGUGUUGGAGGUUUGGUGUGAUCAUUCUAUACUGGGAGAUACGGCAAGAUCCAGCUAUAUAUAUAUAAAUAUAUGGUGAAUCUAAGCUAUAUGAUAACAACUGAAGUUUCACAUGCAUUACCAUUAUAUGGAAAAUGAAAUUUGUGCAUAUUCCGUAUAUAAAGUGGCUUUUACGAGUAUUUGUUCCUAUUGGUGAAAAAAAUAUUUAUAUCGUUUGUUGCUUGCUCUCCUUAAUAACAGAUU